AGAGUAAAGAGUAGAGUGUGUUUUCUUUGUGGGUUUUGUUUGUUUGGCAGUGACACACAAGAGAGAAGCUGUCAAGCUGCCCUGACUGACACCCCCUCUGAGAAGUCUUCUCUCUUCUUCUCUCUCUCACUGUAACUUCCUCACAAAAAAUUAUAAAAGAAAACUUUCUUUUAUUCUCUUGUUUUUGCUGUUGUUCCUGAUCUCUUCUUCUUAAAAUCAACAUCAUUUUUUUUUUAAAUAAGUCCGUUUCUUUUCUUUCUUUCCUCUUUGUAAAGUUGGUCUGUGUUAGAAAACAACAGAACCCCGCAUCUCUUAUAAUCUUGCUCUCUUCUCAGAUCCAACCCUUUUCUCUAUCUCUCCAACUGUUUGGUGAAGCUUGGUGUUGAUGGAUUGGAGCUUCAAUAUGAAUCAAAUUUGGUACUGCGAAUGCUUUGCUGGGACUUGGGUUUAUAUCUCUAGGUUUAGACUGGUAUGAUUCAAAAAAUUAGCUAGGGACCCCCUCAGUCUUGUGAGAAGUUAGGAGCUUUUAAUUAGCUUUUGUGAUUGUUUUGAUUAAAGAAGGAAACAGUCGCUGUUCUUGUACAUAUUAGAGCUUCUUGGCUUUUUUAUGGCUAAUUUCAAUCAACACUGAAGUAUAAAAUUCGCGGUGAUUGACACAAAUGGGUGGGCUUUGCUCGAGGAGAUCCACUGUAGAUAAUGCUCCCGGUGGAGGCUUUCCACAUGUUAAUGGCCAUUUUGGUCGAAGGUCUGGAUUGGUUUUUCAGACCCGUGAACUACCCGCGAAGAUAAACACCAAUUCAACUCCCCCUCCCGCCGAGGAUAAUGCAGAUAAUGCAGACAAGGAGUCAAGCGAACCCUUUUCCUUUCCAGAGAUUAGUACAGUUCCAUAUGAUACGACUUCUGAUGAUAUUAAUGAUGGAAUUCCUCAUUUGACAAGGGCACUAUCAAAUAAAUGUAGAUCAGCCAAGUCUAAGCAGGCUGCUGUUGCAAAGGUUUCUGAGGUCAGCUCUCGUUUAGGCAGAGCUGGUACUGCUGGGCUUGGAAAGGCUGUGGAAGUGUUGGACACCCUUGGUAGUAGCAUGACGAAUUUGAAUCUCGGCAGUGGGUUUACCUCAGGGGUAACGACAAAAGGGAAUAAAAUAUCAAUUCUAGCUUUUGAAGUUGCAAAUACAAUUGUUAAAGGUGCCAAUCUGAUGCAAUCGCUUUCAAUGGAGAAUAUUAAACAUUUAAAAGAGGUGGUCCUUCUGUCAGAAGGAGUGCAAAAUUUAAUCUCAAGAGAUAUGGAUGAACUCCUGAGAAUUGCAGCUGCUGAUAAGAGGGAAGAGUUAAAAGUUUUUUCUGGAGAGGUGGUACGUUUUGGCAAUCAUUGUAAAGAUCCUCAGUGGCACAAUUUAGAUCGUUAUUUUGAGAAGUUGGGUUCAGAACUGACACCUGAAAAACAGUUGAAGGAAGAAGCAGAGGCAAUAAUGCAACAGUUGAUGACUUUUGUUCAGUAUACAGCUGAAUUAUAUCAUGAGUUGCAUGCCUUGGACAGAUUUGAACAAGAUUAUCGACGUAAGCUUCAGGAAGAGGAUAACUCAAAUGCUGCUCAAAGAGGAGACAGCCUUGCAAUAUUGAGAGCAGAGUUAAAGAGUCAAAAGAAGCAUGUGAGAAGUCUGAAGAAAAAAUCUCUUUGGUCUAAAAUUUUGGAAGAGGUCAUGGAGAAGCUUGUAGACAUUGUUCAUUUCUUGCACUUGGAGAUUCAUGAAGCCUUUGGCAGUGCUGAUGGUGAUAAACCCGUUAAAAGUUCUGUCAGCGGUCAUAAAAAGUUGGGGUCUGCUGGUCUUGCGUUGCAUUAUGCAAAUAUCAUUUCUCAAAUUGAUACUCUUGUAAGUUUAUGAUUUUCUGCCAAAGUGGAUUUUUUAACCUCUUUUCUUUAUCUGCUUUUCUUUGUGGUGGUAUAUUUCUGGAAUACAAUUAGAACAGAUGACAGAAUUCAUCUCUUGGUAGUCCAUUUGAGUUGAUAGAUCAUCUUAGAGAUUAAGGAUGGUGGAUAUUUUGUUGUACAAUCUUGAUAAUACACCACAAGCAUUCAUACUUUUUCUGUUAUCCUUUUAAACUUAUCAUAAUUGAGGGGUGACUGGAAAUUUAGAAGAAAGUUUCAAAGAAAAAAAAAAAGAAGAAAAAUAAUAGUAUUGUGAUUCAUGGAAUGAAUAAAAUUAAGGAAAUAACCCCAAAUGAUAUAAUGCUUUGGAGGAACUGGAGAAGAGUCAGCUGCAGACCUAAUUAAUUCAUUCACGAAACUUGAUAAAAGCUUUGUAAGUGUUUUAGUGGUCUUAUCCUACCUUGAUUUAGAGCUUUUCGGGGGCCUUACGUUCGGAUUGCGCAUAUAGCCAAUUUGCAGGGGCAGAGUGUCCCUUCGAUAUUGGGGGGCAAAAUUUUUAAAAUUUUUUAUAUAUUAUAUAUCUUUUUCAGUGACAACUUAAAAAUAGUUUUUUAUUGAAUAAUUAAUAUAAAUAAAAAAUAAUAAAAUGACCUUACCAGGUGUAUUCAAUUUUACUCAAACUCUUAAAUUUUUCCCUAACUCUUUAAAUAUCUCCACACCGCUUUUUCUUUCUUUCUAUUCACUCUCUUCUUUUUUGUCCUUUCAAUGUGAAAUUACAAGGAAGUAAAGUUUUUUUUCCAAUUUUUUUUAUAU